CGGGUUAUUUGGAGUUCACGUUUCCUCGUAAAUUCCACGCAUCGACGCAGUUUACGUGCGUGUAUGACAGUGCAUAAUAAUUUGGCUGAUACAGAAUGGCAGGUCAGUUCGGGUUCGGUGCGUUUCUUGACCCUAGAAGGCCCGAUGAAGAUUCAGGUGGGCAUGACUCAAGUAAUCGUGAGGACGAGAUAUUCGCACGCUUGGUGCGACGUCUCAACAACAUCGUGUGCCAAUCGGAAGUGCAGUCCACAGAAAAGCCAGAGGCACGGCUUGAUCCUGCAGAGGAGAUGCACGAGUACAAAGCCAUGAUGGAUCUACUUACAGGAGACCCUAUGCUGAUGCCUACAGACAGCAACUACCUGUCCCUGGCCUGUGCUGUUUUGCACAAUGCAUCAAAAUGCACUCGCCUGGGACUACCCGUUCUUUUAUCACAUCACAGGAUACUACUUGAAAAAGUGGGCGGCAUGCGGUCGGGUCCCGGCUGGAUGGCAGCCGAUUUGGGCCGCGUGCGCUGUUCACUCGCGCAGCGGCUGCUGGCCGAAGGGGAUCCGCACGGCUCUCAGCGGAUGCUGGCGCCCCUGAUGCGCUGGUUGCACCGCCCUGGAAACCGGGCUCUCGACUGGGCCGGUGGCCGCCUCCGGUGGCUCCGCGCGGGCGACCACGUCUCUUUGCGCUCGCUGGCUUACCUGUUGGCGGCGCAGGCCGACUACGCGCUCAAGGGCUGCUGCUGCCCCGCGCUGCUCGACCAGGUGCGCUGCCCAAUGCUCGGAGCGAGGCUCGCUUACUUCCGAGCGUUGGCAGGCACCGACGAGAGGCAACUGUGGGCUGCCUUACAGCGCUGGCCGAGGGAAGCACCGCUGUGGACUCUGGCCGGCUGCCGGUUGGCAUCGCAAGGACGCUGGCGCUCCGCACUGCAGCUGUUGAUGCGCGCCGUGCGACUCGAAGAGUCCGUCGAAGCAUCACGCGCGGAACAGAACAAAGAACUGGGCCUGGCCCUCUGGAACCUGGCGGCUUGUCUGGGAGCUCUGGGACGGCGGGAGGCCCAGGGACGCGCUCUAAGCCUCCUGGCCUCCCGCUGUGGCGAGCCCGGCAGGGACCCCCAGCUCGCGCUGGCCGCGGCCAGAGCUUUGGACAAGCUUAAUAUGCACGCGGAUGCGGCCAGGGCCUACGGCCUCCUGGUGCAGAGCGGUCAACACAGGCAGCGGUCGCUGCGCGUGGACUGGGCGCUGUGUCUACUGCGCGCGGGACGGCCGCGAGCAUCGCUGCAGGCGUGCGGUGGAGUCGGGGCAGGCAAGGACGAUGGUGCGCACGAGGACGACCCCCGACUCGCCUUCUGCAGGGGAUCGGCGAUGGCGGCGCUGGGAGACGUCGAGCCCGCGCUAAAGGAGUUCAGAAAGGGCCUUGUUCUGGCUGCUGCUGCUGCUGCUGGCGGCGACUGGUUACGCUCGCAGUUGCUGGUCAACAUCGCGGUGCUCCAGGCUCCCCGGGAAGAAGAGACGUCGCGGAGACAGCUGGCGCGGGCUCUGGCAAUCUGUCCCGAUAACGUUGACGCAGCGUACAACUUAAGCCUCCUGCUGCUCGCCGCUGGAAAGACUGAGGCUGCCCGCAGGAUAUGGCAACAGCAUGGCUUCCGGCCGGAAGAUGCCGAUAGCAGAAGCAGCAGCAGCGUGGGUGCUCCUCAAGCGACUUGGCUCGAGGCCCGGCUUUCUCAAUGGCAUGGUCACUGA